UAUCAAAGUGAGGGAAACAAUGUUUUUGGCGUCCCAUGGCUCUCAGUUCACUUCGCGCUUUUGGCUCGUUUGGUUCGUUCGUUGACCGCGACGUGCAAAAACGAUUUCCAUCGCAUAUAUAAUUUUAGAAUCUAUUUCUGUUUAUAAAUAUAAAAUAGUCGCAUAUACACAUCAGCACCUAAAGCUGAAAUUUCAAACAAGUUACCAAGAAACGUUGGGAAAACUGCAAUAGUUAACCGAGAAAUAGACAAUAUUUUACUAUUCUCCAAGUGAUGUAACCACGAGGAACUUAAAUCCUACUCUCCUAUUCUCUUCUCCGAGCGGUAUCUGCGUCGCACUUUGUUUACUUAUUAGCAAAAACCAAAACAGAGACAUGUCGAAAAAGUGCAGUGUGCGAUCUCUGAGCGACAGUGCUUUGGCGGAACUGGCCAACCUGCUAGUUUCUACCAUUAGCUAUGUGCAAUACGCUCCGGAUGUCCAUCUGGACAUCAACAUCGUUAUGGUGGAGCUAAACGAGUACCUGGCCCAGUUGGGUGCCACCCCGAAUAUAUACCAGGACCUGCUCAGGGUGAUCCUGAGCUCGGAUUACCUGGAUGCUAACAUGCGCUUCACCUGCCUGCAGAUGCUGCUAAACUGCGGGGUCACUUUUCUGAUGACCGAAGUAUUUCCCUUUAGCUACUACGAGAAAAUUCUACAGGUGAUUGCAGCUCAAGGAGCAGGACUACGGGUUCUGAAUAUAAAGGGCAUCUGGGUGAAGGAGGAGCACAUGCACUAUAUGUACGACAUAGUCAGGAAGUGCAAUCAGCUGGUUAAGUUAUACGUUCCCUAUAUUGCCAAUGAUAGGUUGCUGGAGGAGAUCGGAAAGUGCUGCACACGCCUGCAGAUCCUGGACAUCUCCGGCGAAACAGACAUUACAGAAAUCGGGAUAGAUUUCCUGGCUAAAGGAGUUUGUUCACAAUCGCUGACCGUUGUCGAUGUGGGAAUGCCGGGAGAGGAGAAUAUAUGCUACUCGGACAUUGCCUUGAUCCUAGAACACUGUCCCCAAGUGGAGACCCUCUCGACUUACUCCUUCGUCGGAGCUUCCCUAAAGUUCAUCUACGAUAAUAUCGACGAUCGAUUUAAGUGCCGCCUGAAAUACAUCCACGACACGGGCACGGAUGAAGCCACCUUGCAGGUGAUCAUGCAAAUGUGUCCAAAGCUGGAGACCCUUUACUUGGACUCGCCCAAGACAGGAAGCUUGAGAGCUCUUCACACUCGGAAUUUACGGAAACUGAAGAUCUAUAAAUUCGUGGUGGCCGAGUUACUUCCCUUACUGGAGAGACCAAUUGGCAGAAACCUGCGACAUCUUACGAUGAUAAAGGGUUUGGGAAACCUGGAACUAGGAAAGUUAGCUCGUCUCUGCCCCUCGCUAAUCGAUCUCGACUGCUAUAUGAUUGAUAGUCUGUCAUAUGGGCAAGGACACGCCAAGUUCCAGCAGCUGGAGGGUCUGGAGAUCCUAAGUAGCACUAUUAUGACCAGUUCUUUGAAGGCCUUCCUCUGCAAUUCCACGGAUCUCAAGAGAUUGGCUGUGGACACGGUGGAUUUUACAGAUGAGGACAUAAUGAGCAUGUUUAUGCAGCAUGACUUUAAAGUUCUGGAAGACGUGUGGUUUACUUUGGCGCCAGAGCUUACAGUUCAGUCCGUGGAGUUACUAAUGGACAGUUGCCCGGAAUUGCAGUCCGUGGGUCAACUAACUGGCUGGUCCCUAACGCCCGAUGAUUUAGCGCUGAUCCGGGGACUUCUGAAGAGCGGCAAUUCAAGCAUUGUACUGACACCAAACGGUUUUCUACCUUGACGCCUUCAAUAGCCCUUAUGCUGUCUCUCUCCCGCCAAGAGGAGCAAACUUUGUUGUGAACAAAUCAAGUGUUUUGUAUUCUAAUUUGCUUGUGAUAUUAUAUGAAAUAAAGUUGUUUAAAUUUAAA